AUGAAUAAACAAUUUUCAUUCCCUUUAACAGACAAGGAAGCAGUCUUGUUGGAACCAUAUAAAUAUAUAACAGAGACACCUGGUAAAGGUGUAAGAGCACUUUUAAUAGAAUCAUUUAAUCAUUGGUUAAAGGUUGAAGAUAGAGUUGUUAAAGAAGUCUCAUCUCUUGUACAAAGUUUACACAUGUCAAGUUUAUUAAUUGAUGAUAUAGAAGAUAAUUCAUUAUUGAGAAGAGGAACACCAACAGCUCAUACACUUUAUGGAGUACCACAAACUAUAAAUUGUGCCAAUUUUGUAUACUUUUUAUCGAUUGAACAAUGUAUGAGACUUGGUAAUCAUCAAGCAACUCAAGUCUAUAUAGAGGAAUUGGUUCGUAGUCAUAGAGGUCAAGGUUGGGAUAUCUAUUGGAGAGAUAAUCAAAUUUGUCCAACCGAAGAUGAAUAUAAAUCAAUGGUUAAAGAUAAAACUGGAGGAUUAUUUAGAAUGGGAUUAAGAGUAUUACAAUGUUUUAGUGAAAAUAAAACAGAUUAUACUCUAUUGAUUGAUAAUUUGGCUUUAUAUUAUCAAAUUAGAGAUGAUUAUUUAAAUUUGGUUUCUGGUGAUUAUCAUAAUUUUAAAACAUUUUGUGAAGAUAUAACAGAAGGAAAAUAUUCAUAUCCAGUGAUUAGAGCAAUGUUGAAUGAUCCAACCGAUACUAGAUUAAAAACGAUUUUAAAACAAAGAACGACAAGUGCCGAUAUCAAACAAUGUGCUUUGGAUUAUCUAAAGAAAACGGGUGCUUUGGAACAAACAAAAGAAGUCAUUAAUCAAUACCGAGAAAAGAUUUUAAUGCAAAUCGAAGAAUUGGGUGGUAACCCAUUGUUUUAUAAAAUUAUGGAAAAAUUGGAACAAAUUAGUAUCUAA